AUGAGCUCAGAAGAAAGAAGGAAACAGCUUAGCGAGGAUCUUAUAUAUGCUGCUCAGUAUGGAGACAAGGCGAAACUAGAAAAAUGUAUAAAAGGAGGAGCUAACAUCAACCAUCAAGACUCGGAUAAUGAUACUGUUCUUCACUUGGCUGUAUAUAAAGGGCAAACUGAAAUCAUAAGUUUGCUAAUUGACCAUGGUAUCAAUAUAAAUUUACAGAAUAAGGAUAAUGAUACUGUUCUUCACUUGGCUGUAUAUAAAGGGCAAACUGAAAUCAUAAGUUUGCUAAUUGACCAUGGUAUCAAUAUAAAUUUACAGAAUAAGGAGGGUGAUACUGCACUUCACUCGGCUGCAUUGCACGGGCAAACUGAAAUCGUAAUGUUGCUAAUUGACCAUGGUAUCAAUAUAAAUUUACAGAAUGAGGAUGGUUAUACUGCACUUCACAUGGCUGCAUUGAACAGGCGAACUGAAAUAGUAAGGUUACUUAUUGACCAUGGUAUCAAUAUAAAUUUACAGAGUAAGAAAGUUAAUACUGCACUUCACAAGGCUGCCUUGAAAGGGCACACUGAAAUUUAA